UCCAAUUCUCCUCCAUCUCCGCCUGACCCCGUUGGCUUCAGCUGCUCUCCCCUCCCGGCUCGACGCCCCAAUCUCUCUUUUGGAUCUGACCCUUCGUCGUCCUAUCUAACUAAGCCGACUUAAUUCCCUGCGCGCGCAAUCCUUCGCCUCUCCCCCGCCCACCGCCGAAUGUACCGUUCCGACUGAUCCCAUCCCGGUCACAUCAUACCAUAUUACUACCACUACUACCACCCUCGAGCAUCCUCAUCCAUAACCCACGCUCCCCCGACUUAAUUCAAAAUGUCCCGCUCCGCUGCAGACGCGACCCGGUUCACGGCCACCGGGCCCUACGCACACUCCAAGCCCGGCUCGGCCAGCGCGGCGGCCCCCUACAAGCUCCCUAGCUCGAUGGCCAAGCCCACCUCCCAGCAACAGCAACAGCCGCAGUUAAACGCCAAUGGCAGACCGGAGUCCCCCAAGGAAAAGGUUGAGCGGUUGAGGGCCCAGGCCCGCGCUGCCCGGUUAGCUCAGUCAACAUCGCGGGUGGAUCAGAUGAUUGAGGUAGGACGUCGGUUUGCGAACAAGGCGCAUAAGACGAUGGUGUACACGCUGAUUGCUGCAUCUGGUGUCUGCGGAGCUCUAACAGUCUACUCCGUCAUCUCCUUAACGCUAUACAACCGUCGGCAGCGGGCUCUGUGGGUGGAGAAGGAGAUGCAGAGACUGCAGGAUGCGAAGACGGCGUAUGCUGCCGGUACGGCUAACACGGAGCAAUUGGAGCUGCUCAAGAAUGAGAAGAUCGGGGAGAUCUUCCAGCAGAAGAAGGAAGAGGCUAAGGCGCAGCGGCCCUGGAAUCAGGUCAAGAACUUCUUCUUUGGUGGUUUGAAGCAGGAUGAGAAGGCUGCUACUGAUAGCAGCAGCUCUAUCCCCGAUAGUGUCUUGGAGGGCGGCAGCAAGUCCGCAGUGCUGGAGGCGCUGAACGCUAAGGCUGCGGAGGACGCGGCUAAGUCUGCUCCUGCCGCUGCUGCUCCUAAGGGCCCGCUGGAUGCGUUGGCUGAGAAUGCGGAAGAUGCUGCGAAGCAGUCGACGCGAAGCUGGAAGAGCUGGUUUACUGGACGGUAAGGAAUGAAGAAAUAUCUGGUAUAUGGAACGGAUGUAUGACAGAGAGAGGAGGGAGGUGGGUGGUGUGCGAGGAUGGAAAACAAGGAAUUUCUCGGAGAUGACGCCUAUCACAUUUACUUAUGCUGCUUUUCUGGUUUGCAUGGCAUCUUCUUUUAUCCUUCCCCCUGUUUUUCCACAUUCUGGGGUUGCGGCGUCUAUGCGGGUUGUAUUCUUUUUUUUUGUCUAUCUUCAUUUCUUUCUAGCUGUAUUCUUAUCUUGCUGUUGUUCGUUUCCCUCGACCUGUGUAUUACUGGGUGAGAGUUCUUGUCUUUACUCUUGUGUACAUAUACAUAUCUACUAUUCUCUCUCUCUCUCUCUCUCUCUCUCUCUCUCUCUCUCUCUCUCUCUCUCUCUCUCUCUCU